CAUGGUGAGCCCCGGACAGAGAGUGGUGCUGAUCACCGGCUGCUCCUCAGGUAUCGGUCUGAGGAUGGCCGUGAUGCUGGCCAAAGACGAGCAGAAGCGGUAUCAUGUCAUAGCAACCAUGCGAGAUCUGAAACGUAAGGACAAGCUGGUGGAGGCUGCAGGGGAUGCAUACGGGAAGACUCUGUCUCUGGCCGUACUGGAUGUCUGCAAUGAUGAGUCUGUCAAACAGUGUAUCGAUGGCAUCAAAGAUCGACACGUGGAUGUUCUCAUCAACAACGCCGGUAUUGGCCUGGUGGGUCCAUUGGAGAGUAUUCCGAUGGAAGAGAUGAAGAAAGUGUUUGAGACCAAUUUCUUUGGGGUGAUCCGCAUGAUCAAGGAGGUCAUGCCUGAUAUGAAGAAGAGGAGAGGAGGACACAUCAUAGUAGUCAGCAGUGUCAUGGGACUGCAAGGUGUGGUGUUCAAUGACGUGUACGCGGCCUCUAAGUUUGCCAUGGAAGGCUUCUGUGAGAGUCUUGCUGUGCAGCUUCUGAAGUUUAAUGUCACUUUGUCUUUGAUAGAGCCUGGUCCAGUGCACACAGAGUUUGAGGCUAAGAUGAUCCAGGAUGUGAGACAGAAGGAGUUUCCUGGAGCCGACCCUGACACUGUGCAUUACUUCAAGAACGUCUACCUUCCUUCCUCCGUUGACAUCUUCGAAACACUGGGACAAACUCCCGAUGACAUUGCCAGGUGCACCAAGAAAGUGAUUGAGGACAGCCGCCCACGUUUCCGUAAUCUGACCAACCCCUUGUAUACCCCCAUUGUAGCACUGAAGUAUGCUGAUGAAACUGGAGGGCUGUCUGUGCAUGCCUUCUAUCACAUGCUGUUCAACUUGGGCCCUCUCAUGCACAUCAGCAUGACCGCCAUGAAGUACCUCACCUGUAGCUGUCUACGGAGCAGGACCAUCUCACCCAACUAGACAAACAUGCACAUAAGUAUGUGCGGAUUUACA